AUGAAAGCGGCUGGGUUGUUUUAUCGCCUCUGCUUCGAGGGAAUGUUGCUCUGCUUGGUGUUCCUUAUUGCUACUUGUAGGCUUAAGGCGGAUAACGUCGAAAUCAAUCCCUGGGACCAAGCCUACCUGGAGAACUUUGGGGUUAAGCCUAAAAGUGUCACUCGUCCACCACCCGACUUGAUAGGGAAACCGGUGGUGACAUACGAAAACAAAAAAGAGAGUACUGUGGUAUUGGCUAAUAAGAUACCGGACACUGUACCUGAUGUGAAAUGUGUGGAUAAGGCCACGAACUGUGGUGAAAUUGUAAAGAAUUGUAAUAGUGCUGCGUUUGCAGAAAUGAUGACUGAGAACUGUGCCAAGACUUGUGGGUUUUGUGAGUGUGGAGACUCUUCUAACAGGUAAAAUAGCUUAUUCUAUAUUAACGUAAAAACAUUAUUUUUAGAAAUGAAAGUUUGUGCAUUAUAUUAACCAUCUCCAUUGAUAUCACCCAUCAAAUUUAAAACCUUGAAAGUUUGUAUUUUAGUUGCGCGUACUGGGGAAGUAAUGGAUUCUGUGAUUCCCAAUUCUACUCUGUCACAUUAAAGAAAAGAAUCUGUGGAAAAACAUGUCAACUGUGUACUUGA